AUGGGUUGCUGUGGCUGUGGAGGUUGCGGUGGCUGCAGCAGUGGCUGCGGUGGCUGCAGCGGUGGCUGCGGCGGCUGCGGUGGCUGCGGUGGCUGCGGUGGCUGCGGUGGUGGCUGCGGCAGCUGCACCACAUGCAGGUGCUACCGGGUGGGCUGCUGCUCUAACUGCUGCCCCUGCUGCCGCGGCUGCUGUGGGGGCUGCUGCAGCACCCCUGUGAUCUGCUGCUACCGCCGCACCUGCCGCCGCUCCUGUGGCUGCGGCUCCUGUGGUUGUGGGAAGGGCUGCUGCCAGCAGAAGUGCUGCCAGAAGCAGUGCUGCUGCUAG